GCGGUCGUGAAUAUCACAGGCAUCCGACCAUUCUUCGAUGUUGAAGUACCUGAAAACCAUUCCCCCUCUUCACUUAAGACCAUAUUAGUGCAUAUUUUAUCAGUUACUCUUAAAAAUACAACAAAAUUUGGGUUCGAGGAUAUUCGUGCUUUUCCACUUCAGGCAGUUCGUGAAGUCGGCAUUCGUACAGCCUCGGAUGAUCUAAACUGCCAGUAUUAUUACCGCAAAGUAGCUCGUGAAGAACGAUUACCUCUUUCAAGCUGGGUCGUAUUAAGCAAUUAUUUAUACGAAUUCACCCCGGAUGGUACUUACCUAUUUCGACUAUCUGUGGAUAAUUAUAAUCCAAUAAGUGAGGACGAUUAUAAUAAUCCAUUAUUGUCUUCGGCACUUACGAGGGAUCGAACCCUCAUACUCACAUGGGAUAUUGAGACAUAUAGUUCACGAAAAACAGGCGAGCUGCCUAACGUGAAAUAUGAUGAAGACAAAGUGUUUAUGAUUUGUAUGACAGUGCAUUGGAAAGAUGAUCCUGAACCAUUGAAACAAAUCUGUCUUGUUGACGUCGAGACAGCACCAGAUCCGGACUGGAUCACAAUUAUAUGUGGGUCCCAAACCAAUUUACUAAAAGCCUUCGCCUUGUGUAGGAAACUUUUAUCCCCAGAUAUACAAAUAGGGUUUAAUGACUCCCAAUAUGAUUGGCGGUUUAUUGUAGAGAAAGCUAAUAAAUUAGGGGUUCUCGAAUGGAUGUUUAACCAUAUGUCAUUCAAGCCAUCGAGCCUGGAAAAAAUUAUAAAAUGGGAAUAUCGAUAUAAUAUGAUAAAAGCUGAAAAGAGUAGUUUAGCAUUUUACCUAAAUGAAUGUGGGCUCGAAAGUAAAAUGGAUAUGCCUAUUCACCGCAUGAACAAAUAUUAUGAAAGGGCAUUAAAAGAGCCAGAUUCCAUGUCGGCCGAACAAAUGCGCGAAGUGGCCAAAUAUUGUAUUAUCGACGCUCUUAGUUGCCAGCGGUUAAUGGUAAAGCAUAAUGCAAUUAAUGAGUAUAGAGAGGUGUCAUCCGUAGCCUUCUUAUCAUUAUUUGAUGCACAUUAUUUUGCGGGAGGUAUGAAGGUUUGCAACCUUUUAAGUGCUAGCGCAUGGCAAAGAGGGAUUCUAACCAGUAUGAUUUCAAGCCAACAAACAGAAACUGGAAAAUACCCUGGAGCUUAUGUUUUCCUACCAGUAAAGGGUCUCGAAAAUAGACGUCCUGUAACUGGUUUAGAUUUCGCAUCGUUAUAUCCGAGUCUUAUCAUAACAUACAACCUCUCACCGACAAAAUCAUUUUAUCUCAAGAGCAUGCUGGUUCAGCAUAACAAUAUUUCUGAAGAAAAGGGACUCUAUACUAGCGUAUUGGAAAAUUUAUCAGGUAAACGAAAUGAGAUGAAGAAGCGUCUCACUCCUUUGAAAGAGAAAAAGGAAGACAUGGACUUGCAUGAAUUCAUAGCAGAAUAUGAUUCUAUUUGUUUCGACUGUUCUUGUUUGGAUAAGAAACAAUAUGCUUUCAAGGUAUAUAUGAAUACAUUCUAUGGUACGGCUGGAGAUAGUAAAUCCCCCUUCUUCUUGCGUGCACUUGCUGGGGGUGUUACUUCGGCUGGACAGAGAAAUAUCAAACUCGUUGCGGAUUUCGUCAAGAGAAAGGGAUUCGGGAUAAAAUAUGGUGAUACAGAUUCCUUGUAUCUAGUCUGUCCAGAAGAACGCUUCCAGAGGUGUGAUGAGGCUUAUGAUAGUGGCAACGGGAUCUCAAAAGAAGAAUAUUGGUCUCGAAUGGUGGAAAUCUCUAUGGUGGAAAUGGAAAAACUUCGUGAUGAAGUUAAUGUCUUUCUCAAGGAAGAUAAUGGAUCCCCUUAUCUUAAAAUGGCAUAUGAGGAAGUCUUAUUUCCGGUAGUAUUUACUGGAAAGAAAAAAUACUAUGGUAUCCCACAUGAAAGCAAGCCGAACUUUAAUAAAAAGCCUUUCAUUCGGGGGGUUGAGAUUGUGAAACGAGGUCAAUCUACUCUUUUCCGCAAAAUAGGAAAGCGUAUUAUGGAUGAAUCUUUAAAGGUGAAUAAUAUACGUACCUUGCAUCAAAUCAUAGAGGAUGUUCUUAGGGAAUCUGUAAAGGAUAUUUCUCGGGCGGAUCUUAAUGAUUUAAUUAAAACUGCUGUCUGGAAACCAGAGAAAGAUAAUAAGUCUGUCCAGCGUUUUAUGUCACGAAUGCGAGAUAGACAUACCUGUGAAGAGGCAGACGCCAAACGGCUCAUAAAAAAGGAACUAGCACCUGAGCCUUAUCUUUAUGAAAUCCCAGAACCAGGCGAGCGGUUUGAAUAUGUUGUAGUCGAGAAUGAUUCGUCACAGAAGGUAGGUGACAAAAUGGAGUACCCAGAAAUGGUCAGACAACUUG